AAUUAGUAAUGUUGUGAUAACGUCCGGAUCGUACGGGCUAAUAAAUGAAGUCCACGAUACAUAAUAUUAUUAAUAUUAUAGUUGAUCGUUAUUUUAGUCAUUUGUUUGGUGUUAAUUACUAUUUUUUUUUCGGUACACCCGUUUCCUGUCCUGUACGUGCGUUGUAACCGUACAGGUUAAAAUUAAUGUACACCAACUGUUUUGUUGGCCAACUACCGAGCACCACGUCCGCCGUUGUACGCUUUACCCAGAACAUAGUGGAACUACAACUGUUUCUGCACACAUUUACAUCGCACCAUGUUAUAACGUUACGGAUACGUGUUCGCCGAGCCGAUAAUAUGAAGCUCUCCUACAUGAUUCGACGGUUGGAUUUUGUAGUGGCGAAUACGUGAAAUCCUUUAUCCCUAGGACCUAGGUUUCUAUGUGUUAAGUUGCAAGAUAUAUAGAUACAUCAAGGUCUACAUUAAUAUAUACUUUAUUGUGCAAUUAUGACAACAAUCUUUUAAUCAAUAUUCACAUUUGGACUGAUAUUUCAAGUACCUAUAUUUUAACAAGAAAACACUAUAUUUUUAUUAAAAUUCAAGUAGCUGGAAAAUCAUCAUUGAAACAUGAUUUUGAAUGUUAUGGCACAAACACUAUUGACAAUUAAAUUAAAAUCCACUAUUUAGUUAUUAUAUGCUACUAUGAAAAAAAAUCGGCUUGUAGCAUUAGUCUUGUUCAGUAUAUUUGUAUGGCUUGGUAUCAAUCAUUUUAUACUCAACGAUAAUUUUAUUGCUAAACCCAAUAAUUAUCUUGAUGAAAAUUUGGAUGAUUUUGAAUUGCGUUUGAAAAUUGAAGUAGAAACACACAAUUUAAUACGUGAAAACAUUAAACAGUUAAAUUAUUCAAGCCACGAAGAUAGUUAUCAAUUUAAUAAACCCAAUUCGUCCAAUUCAUCAAGUGUUGCUAUUGUAGUAAUUGCUUGUAAUCGUCCAUCUAUAUCAAGGUGCAUAAAUAAAUUACUAAAAUAUCGCAAAUCAAAAGAUGAUUUUCCUAUUAUUGUGUCUCAAGACUGUAUUCACGAAAGAACAUCACAAGUUAUAAAAAGUUUUGGCAGAGAAUUAAUCCAUAUACAUCAACCUGAUCAAAAAGAAAUUAAAGUACCAUCUAAAGAGAAAAAAUUUAGUGGUUAUUUCAAAAUAUCAAGACACUAUAAAUGGGCACUUAAUCAAGUUUUCAACACAUAUAAUUAUGGAACUGCGAUAAUUGUUGAAGAUGACUUUGAUGUAGCUCCAGAUUUCUAUGAGUAUUUUAAAGCUACAUUACCAAUUCUUCAAAAAGAUGAAACUUUAUGGUGUGUUUCUGCUUGGAAUGACAAUGGAAAAUUUGCUUUGAUUGAUAGAAAUGAUCCAAAGCUUUUAUAUCGGUCAGAUUUUUUUCCCGGACUUGGAUGGAUGUUAACACGUAAAAUAUGGAUAGAACUAAUGCAUAAAUGGCCCCAUAGUUAUUGGGACGAUUGGAUGAGACAUCCUGAUCAAAGAAAAGGCAGAUCAUGUAUAAGACCGGAGCUAUCCAGAACAAAAACAUUUGGAAAAAUAGGUGUUAGCAAUGGUCUUUUUUAUGAAAAACAUCUAAAAUAUAUAUACUUGAAUGAAUUACCAGUUGAUUUUACCAAAUUAAAUUUAACUUACUUAUUAAAAGAUGAAUAUGAUACCAAUUUUGUGGAAAUGGUAUAUAGAGCACCACUUGUCAGUAUUAAUGAACUCAAAAAUAAGCAAAUUAGCCAUAGUGAUCCUGUGAGAAUCAUUUAUUACACAAAGAAUAACUUGAAAUCAUUAAUGAAACUAUUUGGCCUAAUGGAUGAUUUCAAAAGCGGUGUACCGAGAACUGCAUACAAAGGCAUAAUUAGUUUCACAUAUGAUAAUAGGAGAGUGUAUUUAACACCUAUUAAAGAAUGGCAAAAUUAUGAUCCAAGUUGGCAAUGAUAUUCUAUCAUUUUUAAUAAAGUUUUAUACAUUAUGUAAAUAAAAAUAUUAAUUUUAUUUUAAUUAUAAUUUAAACUAAAUAUAUCUACAUUACUAGCAUACCAAUGUAAAGGGUGUUUCAUAAAUAACUCAAUUUUUAAAUUUGGUAUUAAUCGAUUUUAUUUUUUUUUUAAAUAUAUUAUAUAUUUUGUUUCACUAUAAGUUGAGGACUAAGUGUGAAACACUUUAUUGGUUAUAUUGUCCUAUUUACUUGCUGGACCAGUAGUAACUGAAGUAACUAGAAGUUGGAAAAAUUCUUAAUCAAGUUAAAAGAUCAAGAUUUGUUUUCAUAAACCUACAAUUUAAUGAAGCCCCAAAGAAAAGUGUUACAUAGGAUUAAGUUGCCAGUUCUUGGUGUUUAGUUCUGAUCAUCGUAGUGGGAAUGGGAUCUGCCAUGAAACUUUUCAUAUAGUAAAGCAAUUAUCGCUUUGUGUGUAUGAGUAUGACAGAUGGCGGUCCAUGCCCCCCCCCCCUCACUCAACAAUUGUUGAGCCCCUGUAUUAAAUGUUUUUGCAGGCCCUUUAAUAAACUUCCAAUAAUAAAAUACAACACACAUAGGUACAUGUAUCCCAUAUAUGAUAAUUUCUAGAA